AUGGAGCCUUUCGAUAUCGUUAAAUCGCCAAAUAAUACAGUUACCUACGCCGAAAGUCACGUUAUUGCGAAUUCAAUUUCUGAGAAAGUUCGAAUAUUUUGCUUGAUAACAACAGCAGAAAAAUACAAUUUCGAGCGGGCGCGUGCAGUAAAAUUUACUUGGGCUAAACGAUGUACCAAAUAUGCGUUCGUUUCUGGAAAAUAUGACUCCCUCCUUCCAACUAUUCCGGUAAAAGUCUCGGACGAUUAUAAUAGAUUGGGUGAAAAGUCGCGAAUUGCAUUGGAAUAUAUUUACAAAAAAUAUGGAAACAAUUUCGAUUGGUUUCUCAAAGCUGAUGACGACACGUUUGUAAUUUUGGAGAAUUUGAGGCUUCUCUUACUAUCCCAUUCUCCUGAAGAGCCAAUAUCAUUUGGAUGCAAGUUUUUCCCGCCUAAUGGAACAUUAUACCAUAGCGGUGGUGCUGGCUACGUGCUAAGUCGAGCAGCUCUCAAAAAACUUGUCAAAGAAGGGUUUGAGGAACAGGAAUCAAAUUGCACCAGAAGCACCUACUUGCCGGAAGACAUGAUGAUUGGAAUAUGCUUGAAUGAGGUUAAUGUGGCCGCUGUCGAUUCGCGAGAUUCGCUGGGAAAACAUCGAUUCCUACCAAUUUCGCCGAUUUACCAUUUUACCAGAACGCUACCGGAAUGGUUGACAUCCUAUUCGGUUUAUAAAAUUGAUAAAGGGAUCGAAACCUGUUCGGAUUAUGCCGUCGCGUUUCACUACGUCAAACCCAUUGAGAUGUACUUGUACGAUUACUGGCUUUACCAUCUUCGCCCAUUUGGAAUCGAGCGGCAUCUCAUUGGAAACUCUUCAAAUAUUAUCGAGCUCUCCAAAAGCCUCUCAUAUUCUCAAAGAGGACCGGAAGACAAAAAUUAA